ACUGGUGCUCCUCCAGCCAAGAACUCACAUCUCGACGCAUCGUAGUGAAGCACGAGUCACCAUGAUGUCUGUCCGACACGUCGUGGUUGUGUGGUGUCUGGCGUGGGCCGCAGCCUCCGCUUCAGAUGAAGCAAUUGUUGACGAAAUUCGGUCAUCGUUGGUGGUGUCGCAGUUGGUCUUGUCCCACCAAUCAGAGGCGCUGCAGCUGCUGGUUAAUGCCACGGAAACAGCGCUCCGCCUCUUAAUGAAAGAGAGGUCUUGUCCUUUCCCUUAUACGAGAGUGCUGGACGAGUGCUUCUACCUCAGCACGCUAAUGUUGAGCCACAGUGAUGCUCGCACACACUGUCAGGGGAUGGGGGGCGACCUGGCCACCCCCAGCCACCCCUACGCCCUGGCCUCGUAUCUGUACGACAGAGGAAGCAUCACGCCGUCCGUCGGAGGCAGCAAAACCCCAAACAACGAGUGGCGCUGGUUCGACGGUCGCCCUGUGGACAGGUCCCUGUGGGCUCCCUACCAACCAAGUAAAAUUAAUAAUAGACUAGAGCCUGAAGACUGCCUAGCAAUGUGGACUGACAAGCACCCUCCCCUCAAUGAUUAUGCUUGUGUAGGAACAAAUACAUUUGUUUGUCAGUUGAAGCAAUGAAUAGGGGAAAGAAUUGUUUGUUAUUCAUGUCAGUAAUGAGUAACAUGAGUGAGCACUUUAUUGGUGUCUCUCUGAGUAUGUGAAGCUCAGUGAACUCUGUUGACCCGGCCAGGAUUCGAAUAUAGGAUCGGCAUGGGUUCGAAUCCUUGCCGGGUCAAUUAGAGUUCUUAGUGAUCUAUGUCUUGCGUAUUCCUGCAGCUUUGUAUAUACAUACAAAUAUAC